CUGCGCUGACGUCCAUUCGUUCGGGAGUAUUAUGGUCUGUCGGGAAUUCAGAGUGGCUGGGACUGGAGAAAAAUAUCUGCUCUGCUAACGUUAGCGUCCACCGAGCUAACGGUAGGUAGCACUGGAGUAAACAUGGAGCUGUCUGCCGUCGGGGAGAGGGUGUUCGCUGCCGAGUCUAUCAUCAAACGGAGGAUAAGGAAGGGUCGGAUUGAAUACCUUGUGAAAUGGAAGGGCUGGUCUCCCAAAUACAGCACUUGGGAGCCAGAGGAAAAUAUUUUGGACUCGCGCCUGUUUGCCGCUUUUGAGCAGAGGGAGCGGGAGCGGGAGCUGUAUGGGCCCAAAAAGAGGGGACCGAAACCCAAGACAUUUCUGCUUAAGGCUCAGGCUAAAGUCAAAGCCAAGUCCUAUGAAUUCAGGAGCGAGGCGGUUCGAGGGAUGCACAUCACCUACCCAACCCCAGAGCCCAUUGUCACCCCCAGGGCCAGAGAGGGCCUGAGAGCUGUUGUUCCCACCAUCUUCCCACCAAGUACUAUCAAUCGCGGAGAAAGUGUCCGUGUCCGACCAUCAGAACUGUGCACACGUGAACUUCAGCAGACCUCCCUUCAGCAAACCGGUCCAGAUGGACUCAUCCAUGUACCCAAAAAAAGAGGCCCGAAGCCGAAGCCCCGCUUUAAGGACAGCGGUGCUGGACCCGUGGUCUCCGAGCCCCACAAGAGGAGAGCAGAGGAGCAGGUGAGCCACAUCCCUCACAAACUGGCUAAGCUCCAGGGGGGUGAGGAGAUGAGGCUGGUCAAAGUAUCACACAGACAUCCAGACUACCACGGUCAUAAACACCACCACCAUCACCACCACCACCAUCACCACACACACAACCGGGGAAUCUCCGGUGGAAGCUCCUACAAGCAGUUCUACUCGGAGCGCAGCCUGCACCCACACAGAACAGACACAGACCCUCACAGGACUAAGGACAGCUCCAGCUACCUGGCACCUCCACACUUCAAGCACCAGUCCAAAAUGAGCCAGAGCCUGAGCCGCCCCGCAGACCUGCCACAGAUGGAAAAGCCUUACUUCUUGGACAGGCCGUCCCCUACCAGGCUCGACGUCGACCUGGACGAAGUGACGUGGAGGCCCUCCCUCGGCAACGUGGAGAAGGUCCUGGUGACAGACGUGACCACCAACUUCCUGACCGUCACCAUCAAGGAGAGCAGCACCUCUAAAGGCUUCUUCAAAGGCAAAAGAUGAUGGACUGAUUUCUGUGCGCUAUGCUUUGCUUCCUCUGAAGUUUAUAUGUCAUGGUGUGAUUGUUAGGCAAAGCAGUUUUUGUAUGUAAUGUAUAAAAACAAAUUACAUAUUGUGCAUAUGUGUGUGUAUAUAUUAUAAAAUUGGACAUCUGUUUAAUGUAUUGACCAAAUCAAAUGAAGUCAAUUUCACAAGUUGCAUUGGUUAAACAUGAAUGAGUUGUUUCCUUUGCAGCAGCAGGCUACUUUCUGUACAGAGUUUGUGAAUUUUCUUGUUUUGCAACUGUAACUAACUAGAAUGUAUUUUUUCACUCUCAUAUCUACCAGCCUCGGCUCAUGUCAGUAAAUCAUGAGAAGCAAGGCAAUGGUUAGAUAUUAAACUCAGUCUGUGGAUUGAAUAUUUCCACUAUAAUUUGAACCAAUUAGACUGAAUAUACCUUGUUCAAUUCAACGGGGCUGAUAUUUAAAAAUUGACUCAAGCACUUUGAUUUCAAAAGUAUUAAAGAAAUAAUCUGUUUGUGUUGCGUUCAGAGACCGAGUCCAUGUCGGGAGUUUUUGUAGUGUCUAACAUUUCAAAUUGUAAGAUAAAUGAAUACAUUCAACAGGGACACUCUGUGCAUAUAACUACGUUUUUCCAUUAACAUAGUAUAUUUUACAUUUUCAUAGAAAACCUUCAUGAAGCUUUAAUGUAAUAAUUAAAGAGUUGGUGUUAAAUUGCUUUUUAGACGCUUUUCAAUAAAUCCUUUGAAUUUUCUCA